AUGGAGCAAGCUUCUGGCACGCUUGUUGGUGAGAUAUGUUUAUCUCAUUUUGAUGUGUGUAUAGACGAUCUUGCAGCCUGUAACGGUACAGUAUGUGACUGUUUACCUGGAUAUGCCUGGAAUGGUUCUCAGUGCGUUGGGACUGAACUAUGCGACCCCUGUCAUCCGCCUACUUUAUCUUGUGCAGCACCUUUAGUAUGUGGUGCAAGUACAUACAAAUGCGAAUGUCCUUCAACAUUAGUACAAGUUGGUGAUAUAUGCGUUGGAACACUAAUUACUGAGCCCUGUACAACAACACUUGACACAUGUAUUGAUGAUUAUGCUGAGUGCAAUGGUACUGUGUGUGACUGUAUACCUGGAUUUGUGUAUAAUGGUUCAAGAUGUGUUGGACCUGACCUAUGUCAUCCAUGUGAUCCUUCAACGCCGUCCUGUGCAUCUCCACUUGUGUGCAGUCCGGACACAUACAGAUGUGAAUGCCCAACCAAUCAAGUGCAAAUCGAGGAUAUGUGCUAUGGAACACUUGUAACUGAACCAUGUACGACAGCACUUCCCACUUGCACUGACAGUUACGCUGAAUGUAAUGGUACCGUGUGUGAUUGUGCUCCCGGGUAUUUUUGGAAUGGCUCGAGAUGUGUUGGAGAGAAACUGUGUGAUCCAUGUGAUCCUGCCGAUUCAACAUGUGCGUCACCACUGGUUUGUGGCUCAGAAACAUACAGAUGUGAAUGCCCAGCAGAAUUCGUUCAAAUUGGCGACAUGUGCUAUGGGACACGUGUCACACAGGUUUGUACUAACAUCCUCAACACAUGCGUCGACUGGUAUGCCGAAUGCAAUGGGACAGUUUGUGACUGUAUAUCUGGUUAUAUAUGGAAUGGUUCAAAAUGUGUUAGUUCUACACUGUGUGAUCCGUGUGAUCCUUCAACACUCAUGUGUGACGACGGUCUUGUCUGUAGUGCGGACACGUACACAUGUGAAUGUCCAACGGGCCAAGUACAGAUUGGAGAUAACUGCUAUGGUACCCUUGUCGGCGAACCAUGCACACCAGUUUUGAACACAUGCAGUGAUAAUUACGCUGGCUGUAAUGGUACAAUAUGUGAUUGCUUAGCUGGCUAUAUCUGGAAUGGUUCAGAAUGCGUUGGAACUGAUUUUUGUGACCCGUGUGAUCCAUUAAGUUCUACAUGUAACCCUUCGCUCGUUUGCAGUCCAACUACGUACAGAUGUGAAUGUCCAUCUGAUCAAGUUCAAAUCGGAAAUAGAUGCUAUGGAACACGUGUGACAGAGGCGUGUACAACAACCCUUUCCACGUGCGUCGAUUAUUAUGCAGAGUGUAAUGGCACAAUAUGUGACUGUAUACCCGGAUUCGUAUGGAAUGGUUCAUAUUGCGUAUCAAAGUGA